CCCGAGCAAUGCCCACCCGAAUAUCCGGUGGUUCCUCCGCCGACGUCCGCAACCAUCCGUACCAGGUCAGCGUCAACGCUUACGGCAAGUACCGGUGCAGUGGUGCGAUAAUCAGCCGUGACUGGGUCCUCACAACGGUCCAUUGCGCGAGCAUUCCACGUGAGAGCUGGCACGUCGCAACUUCAGAACGGCGGCACCGUCCACUCGAUCGGCAAGGUCAUCGAUCACGAUUACUACACCUCGCAACUGGCCAGGUUCAACGACGUGGCGCUGCUUAAGCUCACGGAACCGUUAGAAUUCAACGAAACCACUCAGCCGAUCGAGUUGAUCGAUGCCAAGGUCUCGAUUACCGAGGGCUCUACCGGUGUCAUCAGCGGUUGGGGUACUAAGUUCGAUGGCCCGGAGCUUCCUCGGCUGGAAGCUGUAACCACGGACAUAAUGUCUCUGUCCGACUGCGUGGACGUCUUCCAUACACGCUUCGGUCGACUACAGCCGGGUAUUAUCUGUGCUAAGAACGAGAAGAAGCCGAGCGGAGCCGCUGCUUGUUCCGAGAUCUGGACUGCAGAUGACUCGGGCGCACCUCUUGUCGUUGAUGGAAAACUAGCAGGUGUCUUCUCAUGGGGAUACAAGUGCCAGCAACCUGGAUUCCCGUCGGUAUUUAUGAAGGUCGCUUACUACCGCAACUGGAUCAGGCGGAACUCUGGUGUUUGAACAGCUUUUUACUUGAAUUGAUGUGUCUAUUUUUGUAUGUACUUCUGAGCAAUAAAACUGUUGUUUGUUA